AACUCUCAACGUCAGAUUUAUUGGACGAAUGCGACCGAAUGCACGUUGACUUGUAUCGAUUAUUACGCAAAUACUUAAAGCUUCGAGAAAUGCUGAAAGAACUGAAGUCAAAUUUUGAUUCAUCGCGCUUUUUUCCAAUCAUUCCUCGUUACAGCUUAUUAAAAUCAAUGAUAAAAAAUGUGAUCAGGGAACCGACGUUUGCUGAGAUUUACCACGAACCCGAUAAAUGAUC